AGCCGGCCCGGCCCCGCAGAACCAAACCGCCACCCGCCCGCUCGCGCUCGGCCACUGAGGGGGGGCACAUGACUUCCCGCCGCGCAGUGCAUGAUGGGACGAGCCGAAAGAUGGCGGAUUUUGACGAGUUGAGGAUGCUGCUUGGCCUGCUGAGUUCCUCCAACAGAUUUUAGUUGCUCUGGAUUCCAGCAUCUGCAGUCUAAUAGUCUACAGCAUAAUUACAGCAUGGAAGGAUGCUAUUUGGCCCAUCGCGUCUGCACUGAGUCAAUACGUGAAAUCUGAUUAAUCCUACUUCUACCCUUUUCCUCAUAACUCUGCAAAUUCUUUCAGAUAUUUAUCAGAGAUUUACUGUUCCCCCUUAAAUGCUCGAAUUGAAUGUGGCUCUGUUAUAAAACCAGGCAAAUCAUUUCAGAUUCUUAACACUCACUGUACAAAAAUAUUUUUCUUUGUCUCUGCCUAAAGGUGCUGAAUAUUUCCACGAUUUUUAGUUUUUUCUUAUGAUGUUGGAAGUUUUGGAAUGUCACUGUCUAAACUAAAUGCUGAAGAAUUGGUACUGAUUUCUUUUUCACUCCUGUAAAUGGUCUACGGCAUGUGAUACUGAGCAAUACGAUCUUCUUGUCUACUUGAAUAUGGUUUCCAGUUUUCGAGUCUCAGAACUUCAAGUGCUGUUAGGUUUUGCUGGACGUAACAAAAGUGGUCGAAAACAUGAACUGCUUGUAAGAGCGCUACACUUAUUAAAAAGUGGCUGUAGUCCAGCUGUUCAGAUCAAGAUUAAGGAACUGUACAGACGACGUUUUCCGAGAACAAUUGAAAGUCUUGCUGACUUGUCCGCCAUAAAGUCUUCUGUUUUUUCUUUGGACAAUAACCUUGCAACUGACUCUGAGUUGGGGUCCGGCAUUGCACCGUCUUCAUCAUCCACAUUGGCUCCCGCUCAGCCCUCUUCUCCACUAGUUAAUCCAGUGUUGCUGCAUGAGACUAAACCCAAUAUAGAAAUGCAAGAGGCUUCUCCAUCCAUCCAUCCUGUCCAUCCAGAUGUCCAGUUAAAAAGCAUACCCUUUUAUGAUGUCUUGGAUGUGCUUAUUAAACCAACAAGCUUAGUGCCAUCAAAUAUUCAACGAUUUCAGGAAAAAUAUUUUAUCUUUGCAUUGACACCUCAACAAGUAAAAGAAAUAUGCAUUUCAAGGGAUUUUUUGCCAGGUGGAAGAAGAGACUAUAUUGUGCAGGUGCAAUUGAGGUUUUGCCUUGCAGAGACGAGCUGUCCCCAGGAAGACAAUUAUCCUAAUAAUUUAUGUAUAAAAGUAAAUGGAAAAAUAUAUCCAUUGCCAGGUUUUACACCGCCAGUUAAAAAUGGCGUCGAACAGAAACGGCCUGGUCGGCCUUUAAACAUCACGUCACAAGUCAGACUCUCAUCAGCUGUACCUAAUCAGAUUUCUGUUUCUUGGGCACCAGAAAUGGGAAGAAAUUAUUCUGUGUCUGUAUUUCUGGUGAAGCAAUUGACGUCAGCUGUAUUACUGCAGAGGCUUAGAAACAAAGGCAUCAGGAAUCCUGACCAUUCAAGAGCACUCAUUAAAGAGAAGCUGACUGCAGAUCCUGAUAGUGAAAUUGCAACCACAAGUCUAAGAGUUUCAUUGAUGUGCCCAUUGGGGAAGAUGCGUCUGACUGUCCCUUGCCGUGCCGUCACCUGUACACAUCUACAGUGCUUUGAUGCUGCUCUCUACCUUCAAAUGAAUGAAAAGAAACCCACAUGGAUUUGCCCAGUGUGUGAUAAAAAGGCAUCCUACGAUAGUUUAAUAAUAGAUGGGUUGUUUAUGGAAAUCUUGAAUUCUUGCACUGAUGUUGAUGAGAUUAAGUUCCAAGAAGAUGGCACUUGGUAUCCAAUGAGGCCCAAGAAGGAAUCUCUGAAACUAUCCAAUUCACAGUGUACAAAAGUUGAACUUGCAACAGGUUCAACUGUCACCAACAAGACUGGUUCUGCUGUGCCAAGCAGUGAACCAAGUAACAGUAAAAAGGUUGAGAUCAUAGAUCUUACAAUUGAUAGCUCCUCCUCAGAUGGGGAGGAAGAUCCUCCACUUAAAAAAAGGUGCAUAUUCCCUUCAGACACUGAAGAAACCGCCAGUAAAAGCGUUCUGGCUUAUCAGCCAUCAUCUGUUCGAUUGCCAAAUGUUACAACGGUUGAUACAAGCUUCCUUCCUCAGUUAGCAGAUUAUCCUGCUGCAUUCCAUCAUUCAACAAUGGCAACUCUUCCAACUGAUAUUCAAAAUUUGGACUUCUUCUCGUUGUUUCAGAGUGAUCCUCAGUACUGUCAGUCUAUAUUUCUGGACAAUCUCUCCUCUGCUGUUGGACCACCGACAAUGACACCCAACACUGUUGGCGGAAGCAUCAUCUCAUCAACCCAACACCAUGAAGGCAACAGCAGCAGCCGAACAGAAGCUGGGGUGAUAGCAGGUGGAGGAGGAACAGCCAGCAGCAUCCCAGACAUUAUCUCUUUAGACUGACAAAUUUCAAACACUUUUUUUCUUUAAUCAAUGUGCGACAACAGGAGGGGUUUGAUUAGAGGAAGAAAGAGUGGAACAGCAAUCAUAUUGCAACCAACGACUUAAACAAUAGCAUUUUGUGCAUUCUCCACAAGGCUGCCACGUUUUUAUUUGUUGUUUAUUAAUAUCAAGAGCCUUGUUGACUAUCGGCAUUCACUAAGACUUUCCCAGUUCAGCUCUUCCUUGGAAUGGUUUGGAAAUGAGAAUGCAUGACAUGAACUAAGAGCUUAAACCUGAAAUACCUGGGCAGAGUGAACUUGAGGUGCAGUGAAGGCAGAAGAUGAGAAGGACUGUAAUGAGUUUUGUUGCAAUUGAUGUAAUGUUUUAUUUACGACCACCAAUGAAGUGAGCAAUAUUUCAUUUCUCUUCUGCAAGUUGACUGAAUAUCCACACCUCUCCUCAAAAGUAUGCUUUGUCUCUGUAAAAGUUCAAAUAUUGGUGCUUUAUUGUGGAAAAACAUAGCCUCAGCCUGUUGAAGAACCAUCCUGUCUGUUGUUGAGGUUAAUUGCUGUAAUCCUGACUCAAUGCAGUAACUGAGCCAGAAGUUAGCAUCUUUUGGAUAAGGCAUUGUAUUAAUCAGUUCUGAAAUUUAAAUCUUUAAUGAUUAAAUUUCGUAUAAACUUGUAUUAUGUUUCCAGGAUGACAAAAAAAUACAUUUUUUCUUUAUACUGUU